AUGUCCACAAUGAACCCAGAUUAUGAUUAUCUGUUCAAACUUCUGCUGAUUGGUGACUCUGGUGUAGGCAAAUCUUGCCUGUUAUUACGGUUUGCUGAUGACACAUACACAGAGAGCUAUAUCAGCACAAUUGGUGUGGAUUUUAAAAUCCGAACUAUAGAACUGGAUGGCAAAACAAUCAAGCUGCAGAUAUGGGACACUGCAGGCCAGGAAAGAUUCAGAACUAUAACAUCCAGUUAUUACAGAGGCGCUCACGGCAUUAUAGUUGUCUAUGAUGUCACAGAUCAGGAGUCUUUCAAUAAUGUGAAACAAUGGCUUCAGGAGAUUGACAGAUAUGCUAGUGAGAAUGUGAACAAAUUGCUAGUGGGAAACAAGAGUGACUUAACUACAAAGAAAGUGGUUGACUUCACCACAGCCAAGGAGUAUGCAGAUCAGCUUGGUAUACCAUUCUUGGAAACCAGUGCCAAAAAUGCCACCAACGUCGAGCAAGCCUUCAUGACAAUGGCUGCCGAGAUCAAGAACAGAAUGGGCCCUGUCACCGCAGCAUCGGAGAAUAAAUCUAGCAUGAAGAUAAACUCCAGUACGCCUGUUAGUCCAAACAGAGGGGGCUGUUGUUAA